UCCUUGCCUCCAGCUUCCACUGACAGCACCUACGUUCUUCCCACCACCUCCUGGUGACUAGCAGAGCUCCCCCGUGUCCUGUCCUCACUGCCCUGCCCUUGCCUUCUGCAUCUCCUGGUGAACCUGCCUCUCCCUCUGUUCCCGUCUCCCUCCCUCUCUACCCCACCAUGCCCACCACUCCCAUCCCCAGCACGCCCUGCUUGCCCUCCACUGAUGCCUUCCCAGCACAGGGAGCUGGUGAGGGACUGCAUGGCUCAGCCUGGGCUUCUCCAAGGUGCUAACCUGCUGUCCACUCUGACCACAGCCAGGGAACGCAUUCCACAACCUCCCCAGCAUCCAACCAUGGAAGGGAACCUCAAGACCUCACCUGCCGUACUACCCACACCAACAACCAAUGGAGAAGAUUCAUGCAGGAUAGAGGUCACCAACAUGGCCAUAGAUGGUGUCACACUGCUCAUCUGCCUCUGCGGGCUGCUGGGUAAUGGGGCUGUCCUCUGGCUCCUCGGCUUCCGCAUUCGCAGAAACCCCAUCACCAUCUACAUCAUCAACCUGGCUGUCGCUGACUUCACCUUCCUCCUCUUCAUGGUCACCUCAUCCCUCCUCUACAUGAUGGAGAACGCCUCUUGCUCUCCUGUUGAGCUCCUGAUGUACCUGAGGUCGCUUUUACUGCUCUCACUCUUCUCCUACAACAUGGGCCUGUACCUCCUGACGGCCAUCAGCAUCGAGAGGAGCGUGUCCAUCUUCUGCUCCAGCAUCCGCCAGUCCCAGCGCUUGUCAGUCGUGGUGUGCGUCCUGCUCUGGGCCCUCUCCACCACCAUCAUUGCUGCAGUGACUUCUCUGUGCCUGUUGUUCGACCACGAGCACUGCCGGAUAGCUCUCAUCUCCAUGUACAUCCUCAACUUCCUCAUCUUUGCUCCACUCAUGGUCGUUUCCAGCACAAUUCUCUUCAUUAAGGUCCAGUGUGGCUCCCAGCAGCACCAACCCAAGAGGUUCUAUAGCGUUAUCUUCCUCACCAUCCUCUUCUUCCUCCUCUUCGCUCUUCCUCUCAGCAUCUGGAAUUUCCUCCAGCAGAUCAGCUUCACCCCCAUGGCCACCCAAGUGGUUUUCCUGCUCGCCUGCAUCAACAGUGGCAGCAAACCCUUCAUCUACUUCUGGGUGGGGAGCUGCCAGAGGUGUUGCUCCUUGGUGUCCCUCCGAAUUGCCUUCCAGAGGGUCUUUGAAGAGCCAGAAGACAGCAAGGUGUGCAGCAAUGACACUACGAUGGCUGUGCUGGCCCCAGACUGUUGAAGCCUUUCCACCACUCUGCUUACGGCCCUGGGAUGUUGUCUGAGGGAUUCCUUGAGUAACCAGAUCAAUAAAUGCCUACAGUGUUCUCCCAAAGUCACCCUCAUGUGGUGGAAUUCCAUUCCCUGCAGAAGAGGAGAGCAGGAACAUCACCAAGGUCAUUGUGAGGAGGAGGGAUGCUCUGCGGGGAGGGUGUUGGAGUUUGGCUUUCCUUCUCCCUGCCAGACCUCCCCAAGUUCUGAGGAGAACGUGUCCUUGAGGACUGUGUUCCCAUCUCACAUGCUAUUGGCUUUUCGGAUGAGUGUUGCUUAGGGAAAAUCUGACUCAUGUACGGAGUGGAGGUGAAGCCCAUUCAGCUUCCUGAGCUCCUCCCCCCAUCCCACCUCACUGAGCUCUGCUCCCCUCUCACCUCCAGCAAUACCAGCAGAGAGGACCCCUGCCCCUCACCAGGCUCCAGCAAAGCCCCACCACCCUCCCCUCCCACCAGUUCCUGCAUCUCCUCACAGCCUGAUCCCAAUAAACAGCAUAGCACGCCCUGAUCCACCUUCACUCCGGCACCAUCACUCACCACCUGCAUCUGGGGGUGACCCUGGUGUGGACAGGAUGGGCCCAGGGGACAGCGCUGCCCCCAGACUCGUUUCUUGGUGUCACAGCCAAUGUCUCCCCAAUGCUUUAUUUUGUGAGCCGGGCCUGAGGGUAAAGGACUCCCCUCUGGAACAGGAAGUGACGCAGGCCCAGGUUGGCCAGGGAAGCUGUGGCUGCCCCAUCCCUGGAGGUGUUGAAGGCCAGGUUGGAUGGGGCUUGGAGCCCCUGAUCCAGUGGGAGGCGUCCCUGCCCAUGGCAGGGGGUGGAACUGGAUGGGCUUUGAGGUUUCUUCCAACCCAAAUCAUUCUGUGAUUCUAUGAUUCUGGAAUACUGCUCCUCCUGGCUCCACGGGCUGGAGCGUCCCUCCUCCUCCAGCAGGCUGGGAGGGUGUACAGCUUGGAGAGAGAGAGUCCCUGGUUCCCAGCCUGGCCACCACCUUCCAGGAGCAGGGUCCCCCAUCCGCUGGCUGCCACAGGCUCCAUGGGGCAUUACUCGCCACCCUGUGGCUCUGCCAAGGUCUCAGCCGGUGGGGCACAGUGGUGGGGAGAGCUGUGGAUGCGCAGGAAGAUGAUGCCAGAGCCAGCAGCUGGGUGAGAUGGCUCCAGACCAGAUGUCAUCAUGCCAAGUCUUUGUUGCCCCCAGUGCCAUUGUGGAGGCAAAGGAAGGGACCCAUCCUCGGACUGCCCUGGGGACAUGCCGAGCUGCCCCACUGGCACAUCUGGGGCUGGUGCUGCUCCUGUCCUGACAAGUAUGGGCCCCACCACCUCCCCCAGCCCCGAGCCAGCCCCACCACAUCCCAUGCCUUCCCACCAGCUCCACCACCUCCUUUUCCCUCCAUCGGCGCCCCCACCUCCCGCACCCCCCAUGCAGUCCCACCACCUUCCACAACUUCCCACCACCUCCACCACAGCCCACAACCCUCAUGCCACCUCUACCACCUCCUCCACCCCUGGCCAGCUCCACUAUGCCCCACACCUUCCCACCAGCCCCACCACCUCCUGCAGCCACUGGCCAUCCCACCACCUCCCUUUCCCCACACCGAGGCUCCAGUCCCUCCCCACACGCUGCUCAGCCCAGGAGCCCCAGAAGGGUCUGGGGGAUGUUUCUCAGGAAGACCCCACCCACAGCCACAGAGGAACGAGCGAGACACUGGAGUCGGGGCAUUUAU